AAGAACAUGAGCCAUAUCUGAGAUUCGACACUGAAGAGAAACCACACAAAUGCCAGCAGUGUGGGAAAGCUUUUGCUCACAAGUCAAGGCUUGAAAGACACCAGAGAAUCCACACAGGAGAGAAACCUUACAGAUGCCAGGAGUGUGGGAAAUGGUUUGCUCACAAGUCAGUCCUUAUGGUCCAUGAGAGAAUACACACAGGAGAGAAACCAUAUAAAUGCCAGCAGUGUGGGAAAUGCUUUGCUGACAAAUCAGUCCUUGUAGUCCAUGAGAGAAGCCACACAGGAGAGAAACCUCACAAAUGUCAGCAGUGUGGGAAAGCUUUUGCUUGCAAGUCAGUCCUUAUGGUCCAUGAGAGAAUACACACAGGAGAGAAACCUCACAGAUGCCAGCAGUGUGGGAAAGGAUUUGCUCAGAAGAUACAUCUUGUGGUCCAUGAGAGAAUCCACACAGGAGAGAAACCUCACAGAUGCCAGCAGUGUGGGAAAUGCUUUGCUCAUAAGUCACAUCUUGUGGUCCAUGAGAGAAUACACACAGGAGAUAAACCUUACAGAUGUCGGGAGUGUGGGAAAUGCUUUACUCAUAAGUUAAAUCUUGUGGUCCAUGAGAGAAUACACACAGAAGAGAAACCAUAUAAAUGCCAGCAGUGUGGGAAAGGUUUUGCUCGCAAGUCAAGGCUUGAAAGACACAAGAGAGUCCACACAGGAGAGAAACCAUUCACAUGCCAGCAGUGUGGGAAAUCCUUUGCUCAGAGGUCCCACCUUGUGGUCCAUGAGAGAGGCCACACAGGAGAGAAACCUUAUGGAUGCCAGCACUGUGGGAAAUGCUUUGCUAGGAAGUCACACCUUGUGGUCCAUGAGAGAGGCCACACAGGAGAGAAACCUCACACAUGCCAGCAGUGUGGGAAUAGCUUUGCUCGCAAGUCCCACCUUGUGUCACAUCAGAGAGGCCACACAGGAGAGAAACCAUUCAAAUGCCAUGAAUGUGGCAAGUCUUUUCCUUCAGGUGCCAGCCUUACAAAGCACCACAGCAUUCAUACAAGAGAGAAGCCAUAAAAAUGCAAAGACUGCAGGAAAGGUUUUUUCAAGAAUUCACACCUUUUGAGGCAUCAUAAAAUCCACACUAGAGAAAAAGUGUAGAAAUUUGGGCCAUUGAAAAGCCUUUACAAAGUUUUGUAAAGCUUUAGUAUAAUCUUUUUAUUCAUUGUUUGCUACAAAGUAUUUGGUUUUAAAGUAUCUUGCCCUUGCAGGAACAGUCAAUAAAGCUUUGAUUU